AUGGCGUCUCUAACUGCAUUACCUCAUGACCAAGUCACAAUUGCUCCCUUGGUGCUGUUGUCCGUAUUGGACCAUUACAAACGUACUGAGACCCCCGAGGGGAAACGUGUUGUAGGUGUCAUCUUAGGAGAUGCUACUACAUCUACAGUGAAGGUCACUAAUUCGUUUGCUUUACCAUUUGAGGAGGACGACAAGAACUCUGAUGUCUGGUUCUUGGACCAGAACUAUAUCGAGAACAUGAACGAAAUGUGUAAGAAGAUUAACGCUAAAGAAAAAUUAAUCGGUUGGUAUCAUAGUGGACCAAAACUGAGAGCUUCAGACUUAAAAAUUAAUGAAUUGUUUAAAAAGUACACGGGACAAAAUAGAACUCCAUUGUUGUUGAUUGUCGAUGUCCAACAAUCAGGUGUAGGUUUACCUACAGAUGCAUACAUAUCUGUGGAUCAAGUUAAAGAUGAUGGUACUUCUACUGAAAGAACCUUUUUACAUUUACCAUGCAGCGUUGAAGCUGAGGAAGCAGAAGAAAUCGGUGUCGAACAUCUUUUGAGAGACGUGCGGGAUCAAGCCGCUGGUGGAUUAUCCAUUAGAUUAACAAAUCAAUUGAAAUCAUUGAAGGGUCUACAGAAGAAAUUGGGAGAUAUCACAGUAUAUUUAAAUAAAGUUAUAAACAAAGAGCUACCUGUUAACCAUAUUAUCCUAGGUAAAUUACAAGAUGUAUUUAAUCUUUUACCAAAUUUGGGACAACCCAAUGAAGAUGAAAUGGAUCUGAAGAGCCCUGCUUUAGUUGCAUCAUCGAACACUUUACAAAAAGCAUUGACCAUAAAAACCAAUGAUGAAUUGAUGAUUGUUUAUAUAAGUAAUUUGGUUAGAGCUAUCAUUGCAUUUGAUGAUCUAAUUGAAAAUAAGAUACAAAGUAAGAAAUUACAAGAAAAAUUACAAAAGGAUGCUGAACAAUCCACAACAGAGGAAGCAACAGAAGAUAAUACAACAAAGGAAAACGAUGAAACGACGAAGUCAUCUACUUCUGAAAAGAAGAAGUCUACUUAA